AUGGCUCUUUGCAAGAUUUGUCUCAGACUUGACUUUGCCACCAUUUCACAGACCGGUGUCAAGAAGUUCUUACGACUGGACGAGGGUCCUAACUUGAAGUAUUACGUCGCCCAGGAUAUUGAUCUUUACACCUUCAGAAAUGCGUUCAUACGGUACCAUGAUACUCUCGAUUCUUUGCAUGCUAGUGCGAAAUUGUGCGAUAUAUGCCGCUUGGUUCAGAUCAGCGUUGAGAUCGUUUUCAGGAAGAAUCCAGGGCUGGGAUCUAGCUAUGAGUUUUGGAUUGGGGGUCGAGAAGGUUCUGAUGGCUUUGAAGUUGUCGGCUUUGAUGAGAGCAGAACUGCGAACUCCGUUUGUGAGCUUAUGGCGGCUUUCGGCUUCUGUGUUGAACGUGGAAGUCAGCUCGACCAUAUGAUUGACGGGCGGGUAGUGCCGGCGUCACCCCGUUCGUCUCUUGUCCUUGAUCAGAUUAAAGGCUGGGUACAGCAGUGCAGAGAGCAUCAUAAACACGCGAAACCGGAGUCAGUCUUAUUACCGACAAGAGUGUUGAAAAUCAUAAACCAUGCGGAAGAGGUCAUUCUCCAUGAUUCCAAUGGCACGAAUGGACAGUAUGCGGCUCUCAGUCAUUGUUGGGGUUCUACACAGACGACUACCCUGACUCACGAUAACAUCGAAGAGUUGCGAAAUGGAAUCAAGGUUUGCAACCUUCCACAGACAUUCCAAGACGCUAUAUGGUUGACCAGUCAACUUGGAAUACCGCAUCUCUGGAUCGACAGUCUCUGCAUUAUACAAGAUGACCUCGCUGAUUGGGGAAAAGAAUCUGCCCGGAUGUGGGAUGUCUACGGGAAUUCGCACCUCACUAUUGCGGCAUGUCGGGCCUCCAAUAGCCAAGACGGGUUUCUAGGCAGGCGGCUGGCGCCAUCCUAUGUUCCAGUUCCCUUCCACAGAAAUGGAGUCUCUGGGGAGGUGCUAGCUUUCUCUGUUCCGCUGAAGUACGUUGGGGAUCCGACCAAAGCUGUCGAUUUGGAAGACGAGCCUUUGACGAGUCGCGGCUGGGCCCUACAAGAGCGCUAUUUGUCUCCACGGACCCUGCAUUUCUGUCAUUCGAAGGUCUGCUUCGAGUGUGAUGAUGGCUUUCUUGCGGAGGAUAAGUCUUCCCUCGCUUCAUCGCUCCUCUAUACGCCCGGUUUAUCUCGGUACCAUUACUCGAUAGGGCUUACGGAAGAACAGCGCCGUCAUGAUUGGCGUCGAAUUGUUGAAUCAUUUUCACGGCGAAAACUCACAAUGGGUGAUGAUAAAUUGCCAGCAAUAGGAGGCUUAGCCGCUCGGUUCUCUUUGGAUUACAUUCCAAGAGGUUCCGUACCUGUUCCAAGCAAUCGGUAUCUCGCCGGUCUUUGGUUCGACGAUAUGAUUCGAGGCCUUUGUUGGUCGAUUGAUAUCUACAGAAAGAAUGGAGUGCGUCCUCAGACGUAUCGGGCCCCGACAUGGUCUUGGGCUUCUGUGGAUGGGCAGGUGGACUAUAAAUCUGCCUGGGUUCAUUCAAUUAAUGAGCUUGCGGUGGUUCAAGAAGCGCAUGUGGAGCUUGAGUCGCCCGAGAACAGUUUCGGAAAGGUAACAGGUGGCUGGGUCUGCCUGAAAGCGCUCAAACUUCGACCGUAUAGAAAACCUACCGACAAAUCUCUCUGGGUUUGCGAAGACGGCGUCGUUUUUCGCAUCGUCGCGACUUGGGAUUCAGAACCGUAUCAAGCACCGGAACAGGGAAAGCCAGCAGACCUAGCUAUGGGUACCAGUGAGCUUUUCUUGAUACCUCUAGGUUGGGUCGACGGCGAUCUUCAGGCCAGAGACCCUGGCUCCCUUUUGGGACCGUUGUUUCUCAUUGUUAAGGUAGUGGCACAUCGCAUUCAAUCAUAUGCCCAGGUACCAGGGUUUCAGAGAGUUGGAUUUGGGACGGGGGUUUGGUUAAUCGAUGAAAACGAAGGUACGGAUAGAGUGGGGUUAAAACGGCUGAUUAUUGAAAAGUAUGCUGUUGCGAAAGACCAAGGUGAUCUAGAAUGCAUCAUUCUAAUAUGA